AUGAUUUCUUUUCGCACUGGUCUUACACUAGAUGGAACUACCUCAAUCCUUGAGGAGAGAUGCCCCGAAGACCCAGAAAAAGAAGACCCCAGCAAGAGGCCUGUGGAUAAUCAAAACAAGCUCCCUGAAGUCGAGAUAGAACCCGUCGAUGUGCCCGAUCUACAUCCUGCAAUGACCAAGGAGAUGAUCAACAUAUUCCGACAGAAGGGAAACGACUACCAAUCCUGGAUCAAUGACCCGGUUGACACCAAUUGCCAAGCGCCAUGUAUCGUUUCGCCGUCCAUACUAAAAUUGGACGAGCUGAUACAACCCUCCGACGACCGGAAUCGAUGGGACGCAUAUUUCAAUGCAUGGGUAGACGCACCCGAGGAAAUUGGGGAUCCCCGUUCACUCAAUCUCCCCAUUGGAAUGAAUUACCACAAGCUAUAUCUUCGAAAGCUCGGAAUCGAGAAAGAUGGUUCUGUGGGUUGGAAUAAAUACCACGGACGUGUGGCAUACACUGCGAUCUUCGCUGAUAACAAUAUCAGACUUGAUGGCCCUCAAUGGUCACAAAUCGCUCAGGCUCACUACCAAGGGUUCUUCGAUAUCGAUUCUUUGAAAUAUGUUUUUCGGAUGACGGUCGUCAAUGAGGAGACCCAUACUUUUGUGGAUAAGGUGCUUUAUCCGAGAUAUGAGCUUGAGCUUGCUGGAGAUAGUCCAAUGAGGACAUGGCGGUACGAUACUGAUGAUUACCAGGAAAUUAUGGGGACUCCGUUAGGGAAAGCUGUGGGCGCCCUUGUCUUGGGAGCUUUUCCUAGGGGUACGCGUCGCAUUAUUCAAAUUCUUACUUGGCAGUAUGAUGGAGAUCUGCAGAUGAGAUUUGAUAUUUCACAGGUCUCCCUGGGCCAGGACUAA